AGAAAUGUCUAAAACCCUAAAUUCAAGUUUUAAUCUUAUAUGGAGUAAGCAUGCCUUAUCUUCAGAAAUGUCAAAACCCCUAAAUUCAAAGCUUUAAUCUUUACUCUUCUAGCAAAAUUCCGGGCCCCGGCAACCAUGCUACUACAAGCCCCCGCCACCGCUACCUCGAAAGCUCCGCUCUUCCGCCACCGCCAACACGGCAGCCUGUCGUCAUCCUUCUUCCAUUCUCUCUCAUUUCCGUCUGGGCUUUCAAGCUCGAUACUUCCUAAGCCCCUGACCACCGCCGGUGACCCCGCCUCUGUUGCUAUCACCUGCGCUUUGAAAUCGAAACCCCGCGGCCGUGGCACGGUGGACUACGAGAGGAGGCAGAAGGGGCGGUGGUUUGACAUUUACAAGAGAUUAUCUUCAAUGCAGGACCCGGAAGCGGGCGCUGCUAGUGUGUUGAACCAGUACGAGAAUGAGGGCAAGAAGAUUUCAAAAUUUGGCCUCUCUCGUGUCGUUAAGGAAUUGCGCAAGUUCAGGAGUUACAAGCUCGCUCUUGGGGUCUACGAGUGGAUAGAGAAUAGACCGGAGAGGUUUUGGAUGACUUCGAGUGAUAUUGCUAUUAAACUAGAUCUGAUUUCCAAGGUGCACGGGAUUUCUAGUGCCGAAACCUACUUCCACAAGUUGAGCGAUUCCUUGAAGGACAAACGAGUAUAUGGUGCGCUUUUGAAUGCAUAUGUCCACGCUAGUAUGAAGGAAAACGCCGAAGCUUUGUUUGAUAAGAUGAGAGAAAAAGGUUUUAUGACUCAGGCACUUUCAUGGAAUGUUAUGAUGACCCUUUACAUGAACUUCAAAGAUUAUGGCAAGGUGGAUGCAAUAGUCUCGGAAAUGAUGGCGAAAAAUGUUCCACUAGACAUGUAUUCCUAUAAUAUCUGGAUAUUAUCGCUUGGAUCUCAAGGUGCCCUGGAAAAGAUGGAGCAAGCAUUCGAGCAAAUGAAGCUUGAAACGAGCAUCACUCUCGGCUGGACUACUUUCAGUACGAUGGCUACAAUAUACAUUAAGGAGGGGCAGUUGGAGAAAGCCGACGAGUGCUUGAAACAGAUAGAGAUGAGAUUCCAAGAUCAGGGUCGUCUUCCUUACCAUUAUAUCAUCGGUCUUUAUGGUAACAUUGGUAGAAAGGAAGAGGUACACCGUAUUUGGGAUGUUUACAAAUCGAAAUUUCUUAAUAUUCCGAAUGUUGGUUACCGUGGUGUAAUUUCUUCCCUGGUGAGAUCGGGAGAUAUUGAAGGCGCGGAAAGUAUUUAUGACGAAUGGCUAUCGAAAACCUCAACGUAUGACCCUCAGAUUGGGAAUAUUCUUUUGGAAUGGUACGUGACGAGCGGGCUCACAGAGAAAGCCCAGGCAUUUUUUAACAAAAUUGUCGAAGCUGGAGUGGAGCCAAACUCGAGGACAUUGGAGAUUCUUGCUGAAAACCAUGUCCGAGUAAGAAGAAUCUCCGAGGCACUGUCUUUCUUGAAAGAUGCUUUUUCAGCUGCAACAUCAAAAAACUGGAGACCGAGGCCGGCAACCAUAUCUUCAAUUCUCGAGCAUUGCGAGCAAGCAAACGACGGGGCAAGUAAGGAGCUGUUAUUUGCGGUGCUGAAGCAAGUGGGCUGUCUUGACGACGAAAAUUACAUGUCUAUAUGUAACGGGAAGCAUACCGGAAAUGAAUUGGAAACAGACGAUAAUACUGUCGAAGAGAGCGAAAGGGGAGCUGAACUGAUUUUCAGCCAACUACAUUGAUGCCCAGAACAACUUCCACUCUUCUUUUCAGGAGGAUGCAGCCAUUAUCUGCAGCUUAACAAGCUUAGCUUGCCAAGAGUGAAACGUCAGAUUUCAGAAAGAAUUGACUUUUGGCUUGCUCAGUAUUGACAUGCAGAAACCAUGUUUUUGCUUGCCUUGUAACAUAUUCCAUAUUGCUCUUCUUGCCUGCAAUGCUUCACCAAGGAAUGAAAGCAUAUAUCAUGGCCCUGUUUGAUAACAUAGGUAGCUUUAUCAGUUAAUUUUGGCUUAUUUGAC